CUUGAAGCUCUAGUGGAUUGCCGACCUCGAAAAGAAAUGGAGACAAUUGUUAUUCUCGUGUGCUACAAUGGAAAAUGGGUCACCUCGAAGAAGAUGUGCAAAUACGAAGGGGGUGACUCAAAAGGCUUAAUAGUUCCACGUACCAUCAAAUUUGCUGAACUGUUGGACCGUGUGCAUCAGAUUGGUAAUACAAACAGCAGGGAAGACAAGGUUUGCUUAAAAUUCUCAGUUUUGGUGGCCUCGAAUGAGUGGAAGCACAUAAAGAUUGAGGACGAUGAUGAUGUCAAUUUUUUUAUGAAGUACAAUUCCGAGGCAACAGCUGUGAAUUGUCCCCAGUAAUACUUCAACAUGUCAGAUGUACGCCCUCCUAACGAGCAUGUGAGUUACCCGGGGGACCAGCCCUGGCAUGUGCCAUUCCCAUCUCCACCUCGGACUCCCAAUCAUGAUCCCACUUCAUCUGGAAGUGAGGCUGACACUCAUGAUCCGCUUGACAAAAUCUCUGCCGUCAAGCACCACCUCCAAUAUAUGUCAAAGGCAACGGAUUGGUGGGAGAGUAAGUGCGAUAUUCAUGGCCAAGUUAUGGGAAACUUGGCCAACAAGUUGAACAAAGCAUACGCUGGAGAGGUGAAGCAAGCUCUUAAAGCAAAAAGUCGGAGCAAAGAGUUAGAGUCCUUGAAGUUGAAAUUGGAAGACACAAAGAAAAAUGCCCUCGAAACAUUCACACAAUCUGAAGAAUAUAACCAUGAAAUGGUUGAAUGUUUCAACAACGGCUUCGAAAUGUUCCGAGAUUAUGCUUCGGUCAUCUCACCAGACCACAAUUGGAGUGAAAUUGAUGUAGCUGGUGUCUGGCAGGUACUGAAUAUGGGUUCUGAUGGAAUGGCUCAUCAUAGCCUCGUGCAUGCAGCGAGAAGAAAGGACAAAGACAUGGAUCUUUUGAUGGACCUGUAGUAACGGUGAAUGCUGCUUCAGUUCAUCUCACCCGAGUACAUGGAUCUUUUGUUGCCUUCAUUUUCCCUUCGCGGGAUAGAUAGUAUUGUUCAGUUUGGGAGGCGAUUUCUUUCGCAUGUGUGAAAUGUUGUCUGUAAUGUGUAUGUAUUGUAUGUACAUUGACUUCAUAUUGCAUUUGUAUUGUGUUUGUAUUCCCUUAAUACUGUAAUGUGU